UCCAUUGGGUCGCCUCGGCGAACGCAAGUUGGAUAUAGUCCAUGAAAUCAAGCAUGAUCAGGGCGCAAUUGCAGAUCUAGCUAUAUCCAAAGGUGUAUUAUCGGGUCGAAUCCCCAAAAUUCAAAACCUAGAGCAUGAUUAACUAAACUCCAGGGCCAACAGGAAGACCACGGAAGCGAUGAAGAGGAUGAAGCCCGUCAUCAGCUCAUUUCCCGUUUGGGCGAGUCGGAUAAGCCCCGCAUUAACAUUUCUCCGCCCGUUAUCAGCGAAGAAAAAAAAAAUAAUAAUUUCCUCCUCCAGUCGACAAUAUUCUUUCUCCGCACUUGUGUAUAGACAGACCUCUUUCCCGCACCGAACUGGGAAUCCAACCUUGUUUCACGAUUCCAUUUCUCUCUUCAACUUCCUAGUUAGAUUUCAUAAUGCCUCGUUCCAAGCGUGCCAGAAUCGUCCACGAGUCCAAGACCACCAAAAAGUCCCACAAGGAACAGACCAGACGGCUCUACGCCAAUAUCCGUGAAUGUGUCGAGAAAUAUGAUCACCUCUUUGUCUUUGGCGUGGAUAACAUGCGCAAUACAUAUCUGAAGGAUGUGCGCGCCGAAUUCGCAGACAGUCGACUCUUCUUUGGCAAAACAAAAGUCAUGGCCGUCGCCCUCGGCCACAACCCCGAAACAGAAGCCGCCAACAACCUGCACCGUCUCGUUCCCUAUCUCACCGGUGCUGUCGGUCUCCUCUUCACCUCUAGAGACCCCGAGUCUGUCACCGACUACUUCGAGUCCUUCCGUCCGCUUGACUUUGCCCGCGCCGGAACAGUCAGCACCCGUGCCUUUGCCAUCCCCAACGGUGUGGUCUACUCUCGGGCCGGUGAAAUCCCUGCUUCUGAAGACGAGCCCGUUAGCCACACCAUCGAGCCUGAGCUGCGCAAACUGGGCGUUCCUACUCGUCUGAUCAAGGGAAAGGUUAUGCUUGAGUUGACCGAUGGACAGGAAGCGUAUCCUGUUUGCAAGGAAGGCGAAACCUUGGAUUCCCGACAGACGACGCUGCUGAAGAUGUUUGGUAUCGCGACUUCCGAAUUCCACGUCGCGCUGAAGGCUGCCUGGACUCGGGAAACUGGUGAAGUCAAGAUUCUCGAGAAGACUGACGCUGGCAUGGAAGUUGAUCAGUGAGUUGGAGGGGUUAGCAAAAGUUUCGAGUUUGUUCCAUGCUUUCAACGAAAUCCCUUGGGCAUUUCACGGAGUUAGGAUAGGCGUUUAUUCCUUUAUUCUAUUUGUUAAUAUUUCCGAUGCGAUUCCUGAGACUUACAUCUCACUCAAUACAUCCUUGAUGAGGGUAUGAUGAACCUAUAUAGAAGACCAGUUAAGAAAAGCCAAUCAAUACCAAAAAAAAAAAAACCUACAUAGGAG